AUGCUGCAGCUACUGUUCCGCGCGGCUCCUACACCAUCCCGAGCGCUGUGGCCCAGCGCAAAGGACAAGGAGGUGGAAACUCUCCAGCUUCUAGUGUGGCGCCGCGGCUUAGUUUGGCUUCUGGCUCACCCUCAGCUGCAUGACGGGGAUGCAGCUGGCGAGGAGGGUGCAGGCAGUCCCAGCGACUCCGAAGCCAACUCAUUCUGGGGGUGGGCCCUGUCUGAGCUGACGACUCUGGCCCAAGAGAUGGCAGGCAACCGAGGAGCUGGAUCCAUCCGGCUGCUGCUCUAUGCCUACAGGACGCUGCUGCGCAACCUCGCCCGGACCCAGAGUGCUGCAGAGUACAUGCGCGACGAGCAAAGUGACUUCCAGGAGGACUGCCCCAGCGAUGCCAUUGAUGUCACUGGUGGUGGUUCCUGCGGCAGUGACCAGGACCUAGAUCGGGCUACCAAAGCUGGAGCCUGGUCACGGGUCGCCGUUGCCAUGAUCAACUUUGUUGGGCCCGCCGUGGGUCGGCCCAACCUCGAAGAGCCAGAUCUCCAGGUUUUACCACUUUUGAAGCAGUCGCUUCUGCAUGCCCGUGUUCCGUCGCUUCUCGCUGCGGGCAACCACGGGCCUUUCUGGGCGAGGUCUGUGCUGGAGAAGUUAGUCUCUGUCCUCACGGGUCCUGUCACAUCAGGGGCACCCUUGACAGUUGUUCGAGAAGCUGUCUCGAUCGUGUCUAAGUUCUUCCUGCAGAACCUGCAGACGCUACAGAGGCACGAAAGCUUCGGGCAACUGUGGCUUAUGGUGCUGAGACUCAUGCUCCAGUUUAUAAAGCGCGGUUCAGACGACCGCGAUGCGGAGUUGGAGGAGGUCUCUACCGAGACCCUGAAGAAUCUUCUGGGUGUUCUUGUCAGCACGCAAGUCCUCGGCUUCGUUUCGCCUAAGGCGGCGCAGCCCGAGGACAAGGCUUCCAGGCCAGUAUGGUGGCAGAUGACCUGGGAUUGCAUCGAGGUGUUCAUCCCUGGCUUUGGUGAGGACUUCAGCAGGUCGGUGCUGGGCAACGGCACCGUGCCCGAAGAGGCUCUGCUGCACCAGCAGCCUCCAGCCAUGUGCCGAUCAAAGGAAGCUUGGGAACACUUCAUCUUCGUGCCGUGCUUGCCAAAGUCUCGCGUCACCAGGGCAGCCAAGAGAAGACUCUUGGAUGCUUUCAGAUUUCUGCUGGCCGGACUAAGGGUGCUCGAUUCUAGUUUUGAAGUUGUUUUAAUUGCUGACCAAGACUGGUUCCUGCAGUGCAACACCGUCUCCUGCCGCUCAAGCGUACAAAGCGUGCAGAAGCCGUCUUCGUCCUCGUACAGCUUCGAGGAUGCUGCCCUGGCCGUGGGGCUCACAGCCGGCCUCGGCGCAGCAGCUGCAAGCACCGCCUUGGCUCCUUUGGCUCCAGGCGCUGCGCUCCUAAAGGUAGCCAUGAUGGUCCCUACACCACCGCCACCCUCCCUGGCGCCGCCUGCACCUCCUUUAGCAGCGGCCACACAGGGCCGAACGAAUGCCCUGCUCCCGGAGCAGCCUCGACCGACACCGCAGUUCAGCCUUCUAGACACCUUGCUCCCGAACUUCAAUACUGACACCUUCAUUUGGCGGGUCUCGAUGCUGCAGAUCACCGAGUACAUCGGCUCCCUCCUUUUGGGAAGCGCCUAUGGCUCUCCUAAGCUUUGCUCCUUGUAUCUCCUGGGCGCCUCCUGGGGCCCGGCCAUUGCGCAGGGGGCCGUUUGGCGGUUGAUGCUUCCCAUGAUGCUGCAUGCAAAUGCGCUGCACAUCUUCUUCAACCUCUUCUUUCAGAUGCGAAUCGGCUUCGGCAUGGAGAAGCAGUUUGGGCGUCGGAAGUUCUGCCUCCUCUACAUGUUCUGUGGCUUCCUGGGCAACCUGAUCUCAGUAGCAGUGGACCCUAUGAAGUUGGCAGUCGGAGCAUCCACCAGUGGCUUCGGGCUCCUGGGAGUUUGGGCUGCAGAAGUGCUCCUGACUUGGGACCUGCUGGGUGAGAGCCGCUCCAGAGUCUUCCUAUGGUUUGCCUUCAUGGUCAUCAGCUGCAUCAUGAUGUCCACCAUCUCUCCCAACGUAGAUUUCGUGGGCCACUUCGCCGGAAUGCUUGCAGGAUUCCUGCUGGCCAUCAUCCUUGCAGACAUGCAGGAGGAGCACCAGCCCCCAUGGUAUGAUAAGGCCAAGCUAACAGCCAAGAACAUCACGGCCCUCAUUGUCAUUGCUUCCCUUGUGCGAGCUAUCACCUUGGGCCCUGACGGGCCCAUCCCCUACUGUGGGACCAUCUUUCAUCCUCGUCGCCUGCCCUUCUGA